AUGAGGCCCUUCUCCCAGAUUAUUGGUCUUCUCUUUUAUCCUUCGAGCACCGUUCAUCGACCGAUAACGAUCAGAGAAAAAAAAAUCGUAAGCAAGCCAGACCCCGGUGCCGUCCACCACUCCUCGCAGCGAUUCUCACAACGGCUCGUUCUGACAGCAACUUGCUACAGCCUUAUCGGACAAUGGGCGAAGGGGAAAUGCCCUGUGGGCUCGGCGAAGCACUAUGAGAACACGGUUGCGUUGCUGCAGUCUGAGAUCGAGGAGUUAAGGAACCAGGUGCUCAUGAUCAAGGAUCAUAUCGAAGUAUGUGAUUUUCAAGUUCAUACCGAGGUCUGUAUCAUUAAUCCCCAGCUCCAGGCAAAACUUUCCCAAGUACAGUACUACACAGGGUUGAAGAAUGCCGCUACUCUGUCCGAGGCACAGCAAGCCCAACCAGCCCAACCAGCCGAUGCCUCUGCAGGUUCUGCGUAA